UCGUGUCUCUAUAUAAAAGUAGACCUUAUGUUAUGUAUCAAUCAAAUGAACAAAAAUAGUUGUUAUUUGUUAAAGUAAAAAAUUAAUGUCCCUAAGAUGGCAUCAAAUAAAGAAGAGGUAAGGCUAUUUGGAAUGGUGCAAAGUCCAUUUGCAUCAAGGGUGGAGAUUGCUCUAAAAUUGAAGGAAGUUGAAUACAAAUAUGAAGAAGAAAAGUGGGGGAACUUUAGUGAUACACUAAUCAAAUAUAACCCAGUUUAUAAAAAGGUUCCAGUUUUUGUUCACAAUGACAAGCACUUAUCAGAAUCACUUGUGAUUCUUGAGUACAUUGAUGAAACUUGGAAACAAAAUCCCAUUUUGCCUUCCGAUCCUUACAAAAGAGCCUUGGCUCGUUUAUCGUCCAAUUUCAUUGAUGACAAGUGUUUCAAUGGUGUACGCAAAGCUGUUUUCACUCUUGAUGAAAAAGAACAAGAGAAGAGUAUUGAGGAAAUAGAAGUGGUUCUUCAAUUUCUUGAGAAUGAGCUCAAAGACAAAUUCUUUGGUGGAGAGAAAAUUGGUCUUGUUGACAUUAGUGCUGUGUUUAUAGCUUAUUGGAUCCCAAUUAUACAAGAAGUGAAAAGAAUAAAAUUGUUCAACUUUGAGAAAUUUCCCAAGCUUUACAAUUGGAGUCAAGACUUCAAUAAUCAUCCAAUUGUUAAAGAAAAAUUGCCAACUAGAGAAAACCUUUUGGCCUUCUACAAAGUGUUGUUUCUUCAAAAAAAAAAAAUUGAAGCUCUGAUUAAUAUGGCAUCUCAUCAGGAAGAGGUGAAGCUUUUUGGAUUGGUGGAAAGUCCAUUUGUAACAAGGGUGAAGAUUGCUCUAAAAUUGAAGGGAGUUGAAUACAAAUAUGAACAAGAAAAGUGGGGAAACCUUAGUGAUACACUAAUCCAAUACAAUCCUGUAUAUAAGAAAGUUCCAGUUUUAGUUCAUAAAGGAAAACCCAUAUCAGAAUCCCUUGUGAUUCUUGAGUAUAUUGAUGAAACUUGGACACAAAAUCCAAUUUUGCCUUCUGAUCCUUACAAAAGAGCUUUAGCUCGUUUCUGGUCCAAGUUCAUUGAUGACAAGUGUUUUAGUGUUGUACGAAAAGUUGUUUUCAUUAUUGAUGAAAAAGAACGUGAGAAGAGUAUUGAGGAAAUGGAAGUGGGUCUUCAAUUUCUUGAGAAUGAACUCAAGGACAAAUUCUUUGGUGGAGAAGAGAUUGACAUUGUUGACAUUACUGCAGCCGGCAUAGCUUUACAUGAAGUAAUGGGAUUGAAUUUGUUCACUAGUGAAAAAUUUCCCAAACUUUAUAAAUGGUGCCAAGACUUCAACAACCACCCAAUUGUCAAACAAAAAUUGCCACCUAAAGAAAGACUGUUGGCCUUCUACAAAGCUCGUUUAGAAAAUCUUGUUGCUUCAAAAUAGAUUAAUUUAAUCAAGGUUAUAUGCACUUGGGAGUUUAAGGAAAAAUGUCUAAACUACUUGUAUCUCAUUUUAGUUUGAAUUUUCAAUGUUA